AUGUUAGUCUUCCGCAACCAGACAUCCUACAACCGAUUCUGGGAUGGGCGCAAUGGCAUGAAUACCAUCAACACCUGUGUCCGGAACCUGGUCCGGACCAUCAUCACGAAUGGGUACAGCCCCCGGGGCGCCCCAACGGCGGCAGAGAAGCAGGACAUCGAGCGGACGGUCCGCAUCCUGAUGGCCAUCCCGUUUGCCGUUAAGAACCAUCUCCGCGCCGAGUGGGGCGCCGCAUGGGCCUUGGGCAACGACGUCGCGGAGAAUGGGGUCACGGAUUUCAACCCGGACUAUGCCAGCCUCCUGCCUGCGGGGCUGGAGGGCCAUGAGGACGGAGGGCUGGGGCUCCCCUAUCAGCUGACCUUCUUCGUGGACCAGUUCAUCAAGCGCGGGGUCGAGCGCGGCUGGUUCCACGCCCCCGGCGCAAGCCAGAUGCAGGCGCAGUUGAACACACUGACCGACGCCUAUGGCCGGAUGGAGACGAUCAAGCUCACGCCUAUCCCCGUUGCACACCUAAUCCAUCAGAAACAGGUCCUCGCCCUGUUCGGCUGCGUUCUCCCCUUCGGCAUGGUCGACGACAUGGGCUGGUGGACCAUUCCGAUGGUCAGCCUGGUGAUCUUCACGCUGUACGGCAUCGAAGGCAUCGGCUCGCAGCUCGAGGAUCCGUUCGGGUAUGAUCGCAACGACAUCAAGAUGGACGCCAUCGUUGGAGACGCCAAGACCGAGGUUGACGUCAUCUUGGAUGAAUGGCGCAAGACGAUGGCGUUUAUUGACGUCGAGAGAUCGAACAAUGUCCUCGGAACCGACCCCUCUGCUGGCGGCGAUGCUGGGGUCACCGGGUUUGUCCUGCCUGAAAUGUUUUUGAGGAGAGAUGCGGCGAUGAGUGUCGCAGCUUAG